AUGUUUGUUCGUCAACCAUCCGAACUUUUUAAAAUCUAUCAUCCUCGUACGAAUCGACGUCGUUCAAAACGAAAGACUCUACGAUCCAAUAAACAACAAACAAAAAUAAAAACAUCAGGAAAAGAAUGUUUCAUCAGAAACUUUUUACAAAGAAUCAAAGAUUUAGAACGUCCAAUAACAUUAGCAUAUAAUGAAAAUCAGCUAGAAGAUAUUUGUCAACAGAUAGUUUUACAAAUGCAACCAUUUAUUCGGCAGUAUCAAAUAUUACCAUCUUCUGAUACAGAAUUAUGCAUAUUUCUUUGUGGUAUUUGUCAAUAUUUACUUUACGAGCCGAUCACAUUAUAUUGUGGACACACAUAUUGCGAAAGAUGUAUUAAAAAUGAAUCAGAUAAUACCGUUCGUGGAUGUCAACGUUGUUCACCUGAUAUUAUAGGACAAAUUCAAUCACCAAUUCAACUAGGAAAAAAAGCAUCAUAUUCAAAAAAUAUACUUUUAAAUGAAAUAUUUGAAAAAUCAACAAGUUCUCAAAUACAUCGACGUUGUAUGACACUCUAUUAUCGUGGACUACAAGAAUAUGAUAUACACAAUAACAAUAUAGCCGUUCAGUACUUUAACAGUGCAUUAGAUAUAUGUGAAAAUAAUCAUUUGAUAUUGAAUAGUAGAUCUCAAGUAUAUUUAGCUCUUAAUAGGUUUGAUGAAAGUCUCUUGGAUGCUGAGAAUGUAAUCAAAUUGAAACCAAACUGGCCGAAUGGUUACUGGAGAAAAAGUGAGGUACUAUUUGAAAUGAAACGAUAUACAUCAGCUUUAUUAUCAUCGUUACUGGCAUUAACAUUUGAACCCGACGAUGUAAUUGGAAAACAAAUAAUGGCAAGGCAUCUGUAUGCUGUUUUACACGAAUCGCCAUCUGAAGAUAUUAAUGUGUCCGCACUAAGCAGUGAACUUCCAUUAUUUGAGAGGCAACUUGUACAUCAACAACAACCGAAACAUCUUCAAUUGAAACAAGAAUCAUUUGUGAAAAUAGAUGAAACACGUUGUGUUUAUUCUAGUAUGUUUUGGUUUCCUGUUACAACCCCAUGUGGUCAUGUAUUUUGUCGUGAAUGUUUGAUUCGUUCUGUUGAUAAUACCAUGGCAAAAUGUCCCAUGUGUAAAAAAUCGUUGAUCGACUUUUUCCCUAUGCUUAUUCAAUCACAUGUGAAUAAAACUGAAAUAAUUGAUCGAAUGAUUAAAACGUAUUUUCCAGAUGAUUUCAUUGAAAGACGUGAACAACAUCAGAAAGGCAGCAGUUCGUUAAUCAAUGUAACUGAUAAUAAUUUGACUACAAUUAGUGAUGUGCCGAUAUUUGUAUGUGUAUUAGCGUUACCUAAUUGCAUUUGUCCAUUACAUAUAUUUGAGCCAAGAUACCGUUUAAUGAUGAGAAGAUGCGUUGAAACAGAAUCGAGAUCAUUUGGAAUGUGUAAAUAUGAUGAAGUAACAGAAACGUUUGCUGAUUAUGGGACAUUAUUAUAUAUUCGUGGUAUUAUGUACACUGAAGAUGGCCGAUCAAUUGUUGAUACAAUAGGACAAAGACGUUUUCGUGUGCUUAGUAGAGAGAUGAAAGAUGGUUAUAAUACAGCUCAUAUCAAAUUAGUAAGAGAUAAUUUUAUUGAAGAACAUGAAUAUAAUGAUUUAGUUCAACUCAAUACUGCAACAUAUGAUAAAGUGCGUCAUUGGUAUGAUAAUUUAGAUGAAUAUCGUAAAUCAUUAUUAUACUAUCAAUUACAAGAAUAUCCUGUCUGUGAUAAUUUCACUAUUGAAUCAGUUGAUGGACCACGGUGGCACUGGAUAAUGCUGAGUAUAGUGCCCAUUGAGCCAUUAUUACAAUAUAUUGCAUUAGCAUCUGAAUCAUUAAGAAUAAGAUUACAAAUGUUAAAUGAUGCUGUUACAUUUUCACAACAACAACAUUAA